AUGGCGUUCGAAUCCGAUCGGUCUAAGCCCAUCAAUCGCCGGAAUCCUGCCGAGAACGGCACGGAACAACGCUUCCCUCGUCCGUCCUUUCCUUCGUUCGAUCUUGAUGAGGCGCUCUGCUCCGGGAUCGUCGACUCGGGAACGAGGCCGGCGGGAAUGCGCACCGAACGAGGAGGAGUCUUUGCGUCGGCCUUGCUGCCGUCCUUCGAUCUUGACGAUGCUCUCUGCUGUCCCGUCGUCGAUUCGCCGAGAAUACGAGCGGGACAGGGAGUCCUCCCGUCGGACUCGCCGUCCUUCGAUCUCGACGAGGCGCUCUGCUGCCCGAUCUUCGACUGGCCAAGGAUGCCGCCGGUGGAUGCGAAUUCAAGAAACUUUCCGACGCCGGAAAUUCUGGUUUCCGGCAUGCCGACUGCCUCCGAAGGCGGCACCUGCGCCGUCUGCAUGGAAGAGCUCGGCGGCGGCGCGUGCGGGAAGAGGUUGCCGUGCUCGCACGCUUACCACCAGGGCUGCAUAUUGCAGUGGCUCGUGCGCGAGAGCUCGUGUCCACUCUGCAGGAGUCGCAUUCGGCCGGAAUGA